AUGGGUCAGGACGUAGAGACUAGUCGCUCUCGAGAAGAGGGCGUCGUAAAGCCUAUUAAGACAUGGAAAGGCUACCUUUGGGACACAUGGGAAUUGCCGAGAGAUCAGCGUUGGUUGCUGUUCAAGUUGGAUGCCUUUGUGCUCACUUUUGCGUCGAUUGGUUACUUCCUCAAGAACCUCGACCUCUAUAAUAUUACCAAUGCCUAUCUAAGCGGUAUGGAGGAGGACCUGGAGAUGUAUGGCAAUCAGCUGGUAACUAGCACCUCCAUCUUUACGGUCGGUUAUGUUAUUGGCCAGAUCCCUUCAAAUCUGCUGUUGACUCGGCUGUCGCCUCGAUGGGUGAUUCCCUCGCUCGAGGUCGGUUGGGGCAUUGCUGUCAUGUGCAUGUCGAGUGUCAAGUCAUACCAGGCUCUUUAUGCCCUUCGCUUCCUUGUUGGGCUUUUCGAAUCUGGCUUUUAUCCUGGCAUCCACUACCUACUUGGAUCGUGGUACACACCACAAGAGAUCGGCAAACGGGCGAUGAUCUUCUGGCUUGCUGGCUCGAUUGGUACACUUUUCAGUGGCUUCCUCCAGGCAGCGGCUUACACAAAUCUGAAUGGUGUGCAAGGCCGCGCGGGCUGGCGAUGGCUCUUUAUCAUCGACGGAAUCAUCACACUGCCGCUCGCAUUGGCUGGCUAUCUGUUCUUCCCUGACCUGCCGCAGAGUGGCAAGAGAACAUGGUGGAUAACUGAAAAAGAGCAUAAGCUUUCCGUCAAACGAAUGCAAGAAAUUGGCCGGGCGGGGACGGAGUCUUGGACAGUGGCCAAGGCCAAAAGAAUAUUCUUCAGCUGGCACACAUAUCUUCUACCCCUGCUGUACAUUGUCUGGAACAAUGGCUAUCCACAGCCUGGCAUGGGCUACUGGCUGAAGAGCUUCGACUCGAAACCCGCGCCGCUGCCAGGCACCUCAUUUUCGAUCCCACAGAUCAACAAUUUACCUCUGCUCACGACUGGGAUUUUCAUUAUUGUCGCUUUCAUCUGGGGCUGGCUCUCAGAUGGCCCUUGUCGGGGGGCACGUUGGCCCUUCGUCUAUGCAGGCGCCAUCAUUACCAUUAUAUUUUGUGUUCUUUUGCUGCAAAUGCCAUUAUACAGUAAUAUAGACGGUCGCAAGGCAGUGUAUUGGCUCAGUAACAUUGGAUUGGGAGCUGGUCCCCUCAUUCUCAGUUGGACCAAUGAGAUAUGCUCGGCCGAUACAGAGAAGAGAGCUUUGGUUGUUGCCAUGGCCAACGACCUUGCAUAUGUUGUGCAGGCUGUGGCCCCGAAUUUUGUUUGGAAAACUACAGAUUUCCCUGCUGCACGAAAAGGGUAUCUCUGGUGUAUUGUUUUGCAAAUCCUUUCCAGUACGGCCAAGUCUACGAUUUACAGCAAACCGGAGAUAUGCUAA